AUGAAGGAAUCUGAGUCAGUGAAGGAAUACUCAGAUAGGCUAGUGGGAAUAGCUGAUAUUAGAGUUUUGGGAACUGACUUGAGGGAUGAUAGGCUUGUUCAGAAGAUCCUAGUGUCUCUUCCAGAAAAAUUUGAAGCUACUAUAGCUUCUCUGGAAAACACAAGGGACUUGGCUGAUAUAAAACUUGCAGAGUUGUUGAAUGCUUUGCGCACAGGAGCACGAGUAAGACUAAUGAGGAGAAAAGAUCAUGUUGAGGGGGCAUUGCAAGCCAAAUCCUUUAGAUGCUGGAAAAGGCUAGAUGCGAGGUGCAGAAGAUGCCACAAGUUGGGUCAUAUGGAAGCUAUUUGCAAAGGGAAAGCCUAUCAGCAAACAGGAGAAGCACAAGUGGUAGUGAGUGAAGUUGAUGAAGAGCACUUAUUUGUUGCUUCAGCUGGUGAAUAUUCAGUCGAAAAUAGUACAUGGCUGAUAGAUAGUGGUUGUACUAAUAACAUGACUAGCAACUUAGAGCUAUUCAAGAGCAAAAACAAAACAGUAAAGUCCAAAGUCAGAAUUGGCAAUGGACAGCAUAUUGAAGUUCAAGGUAAAGGUGUAGUUGCUGUUAAAGGAAACCAGGGGGUGAAGUUAAUCAGGGAUGUCCUUUUUGUGCCAAACAUUGACCAGAAUCUGUUAAGUGUUGGUCAGUUAGUGGAGAAGGGCUAUAUAGUAAAGUUUGAAGGAAGGGAAUGUCUCAUUAAAGAUACUGAUAGCAAUGAAGUCUUGAGAGUUCAAAUGAGGGAUAAAAGUUUUGUGUUCAAGCCAAAUGAGAUGCAGCAAAUGGCUUUGAAGUGUACAUAA